AUGGGUGCUGUGGUACACAAGGAGGAAAGUGACCCAGACACUGCGGAAUACCAGCAAGUUGAAUAUCAGGAACUUGACAUCAUUGAAGAUGUCAUGCAGGUUCCUGGCCAGAUAAGCCAGGGAAAAGGUCCCUGGGACCAAGGAACCCAGACACCCGACUCAGUGUGUAGCAAGAAGUGUCACCUAGGAUUUAUGAAAAUUUCUCAGAAAGGAAAGCCUAACUGCUGCUUUGAUUGUGUUGUGUGUCUAGAAAGAGGAAUAUCUAAUCAAACAAAUAGUGAUCAAUGUAUGGAGUGCCCCCAAAGUAAGUAUCCCAACAUUGAGAGUAACCAAUGCCUGCCAAAAAUUGUGACCUUUCUGGCUUAUCAAGAUCUCUUGGGAAUGGCUCUGGCCUGCACAGCUCUGUGCAUCUCUGUCAUUACCACCAUGGUCUUGUGGGUCUUUGUGAAAUACUGAGACUCUCCCAUAGUCAAGGCCAACAACCGGGUCCUUAGCUAUGUCCUGAGCCUCUCCCUCCUCCUCUGCUUCCUCUGCUCCUUACUCUUCAUUGGUCGUCCAAACACAGCCACAUGCAUCCUCCGGCCAAUCACCUUUGGAGUUGUGUUCCCUGUGGCUGUUUCCACUCUUUUGGCCAAAACCAUCACUGUGACCCCAACCUUCAAAUCUUUGAAACCUGGAAGAAUCAUGAGGUGGUUGCUGGUAUCUGGAGCUGCAAACUGGGUGGUUCUCACCUGUUCCCUGAUCCAAAUAAUUAUCUGUGGAGUCUGGCUGGGAACCUCUACCCCUUUCAUUGACAUAGACACACACUCUACGCCCAGGAGCAUCAUCAUUGAGUGCAACAAGGGCUCAGUCACUGCAUUUAAUUGUGUCCUGGGAUACAUGGGAUUCAUGGCCCUGGGAACAUUUUCCUUGGCUUACCUGGCCAGGAACCUGCCUGACACCUUCAAUGAGUCCAAGUUCCUGACCUUCAGUAUGCUGGUGUUCUGCAGUGUCUGGGUGACCUUCCUCCCUGUCUACCACAGCACCCAGGGGAAGGUCAUGGUGGCUGUGGAGAUCUUCUCCAUCUUAUCCUCCAGUGUGGGGCCAGGUUGCAUCUUUGUCCCCAAAUGCUAUGUUAUCUUCCUACAUCCAGAUAGAAACACAUCAAAAGGGUCAAGGAAUAAAACAUACCAGAAAGGAAAAUGA